GAUUUAUUUGGCAAUUUAGAAACUCUCUAUGUUUUUCUUUGGUGUUCAAAAAAAAGAGCAACGAUUUUCAGAGAAAUUCAAAUUGAAUGUGGUAAUAUGGAAGGUAAAAAUAAUCCAUUGCAUGCUGUUAAGAGAGUAAGUACAACACGUUGGAGUUCUCAUGCGGCAGCAUUAUAUGUAGUUUUAAAAUUCCACAAUGCAGUUUUAAAAACAUUAAAUAAAAUUAAAGAUUCUGAAGGAUCUGCUGAUGUAGUAGUUGGUGCGAGUUGUAGUGGUUUGAUAUCAUACCUUACAUCCCAACGUUUUCUUCUAACAGCAUUAUUAUUCAAAACUAUAUUUCAAAUACUUGAACCUGUCACCCGCCAAUUGCAGUCCCAAGAUAUGGAUAUGCUUAUGGCCACAAAUAUUUUAAAUAAUGUGAUUCAUCAAAUCAAAGAACUUAGAAAUGCUGAUUCGUUUAAAAGAUUACUAAAAAGGACUGAUGAGUUUGCUGAAAAUAGUAUUGUUGACUUUUUACCUCUUGUAUCUAGUCGACCCAAACGUGUUCCAAGAAAAUCAGGUGAAUAUUGUCAGGAUGAAAUUAUAUCAUGUCCCAUGAAAAAAUUUAGAAUUGAUACAUACAAUGUCAUAAUGGAUAUUCUUUUAGCAGAGUUAAGUGGACGUUUUGAAAGCACCAAUAUAGGAUCUCUAAAAGACUUAUCCCUUCUUUCAUUUAGACGUAUUCGAGAAGUUCAAAAUAAUCCACACAUUGUACCUUGUGAUGCCUUUGACGCUUUGUGUACCAUGUACUCACAAAUCGAUAAAAACUCAUUAUUGACAGAAUAUAUUGAAUUUUGUAAAAAUUUUACUGAAAUAGAAAACAGUAUUUUACUUCCUAAGUAUCUUAACAACAAUUUAAUAGUUGAAGAUUAUGAAGAUUCACUAGAGUUAAACGCAUAUAGUUAUGAUAGUGCGGAAGAAGAUUCUGCAAAAGUUGUUUAUCAUAACAUAGCAAGUACGAGGGAAUUAUUUAAACUAUUUUGUUUGGCUAAAUUAGCUAAUAUUUUUCCAAAUUUAUAUUUAGUUUUAAAAUUAUCUAUCACAUUACCUGUGACAAGCUGUAGCGUAGAGCGAACUUUUUCUAAAUUAAAACUUAUAAAAACAAAGUUAAGAACAACUAUGUCACAAGAUCGUCUCGAUAGUUUAAUGAAAAUAUCAUGUGAGCAAGAUAUAAUUAUUAAUAAUGAAAAUGUAAUUUUGUUAUUUGCAGCUAAAAGUAGUGUUCUAACUAAAUGUUUGAUUUAUUAAUAAAUAUUUAAUACUUAUAAUAAUAUUGUUACGAA